UUUGAAGAAAAAAUGGGGCUUCCGGCUUAAUGCGCGUAAUGUAUUAUAGAUUCCGUGACAUGAGAGAACCAUAUUAGAGGGUAUCGAAGCAGCCCACGACCUUAUUAUUGCAAUUCACGCGACAGAAAACGAAUGAGAAAGAACGAUCCUCGCAUUCGUAUAAACUCCGAGAAUUCAACUUUAAGCUAGUUCCCUCACAGCUUAAUCCUCAAAAUUUAAUCACGAAAAGAAUAAGAUUUAAAAUUCCCGGAAUAACCUUCGCGCAUGCGAUGGGAGUAGUGAAAAGUAGCGCCUGCGCCUUCAUUUCACAUAAACAAAAAAACAUGUCGGUACUGCACGCUUUCCGUUGUGUGGAACAUGGAACGAGCAGCAGAGGACGGAGGGUUCAGCUUCGCGGGCUCAGCGCAACAAGAGAGCGGAGCUUGACCGCGAUACUCGCUUGACGUGCCACUUUGCGUGUCAUUUUAUUCAUUCAAUUAUUCCUAAUGCAUCACUUUUUCGCUAAGCCUCAACGUUAUCGUCGUAAAAAUCGAAUCAGAUAGUGUACUCGCGAGUUCAAAAGUUUCUCGAGUAAACAAAGAAACACAAGGAGAGUAGGCGCUUGGAACGUUGUCAAGCGGUGUUAUAUAUAUAUUUACGAAGAUUUUCGCGGUGGCGGGAGGGGAGGAGAAGUGACACACUGACUGGAACGCCGUCAGCCGAUGUCUAUAUGUUCCGGACCACUGCAAAGGCCAAUAUUGCGCGCUGAAUGAGGCUGAUGGAACCCUUGGGUAUAGCCCCGGAACUAGUCGAGUUAAGGACACUCACAAGAUGGGCAGACGUGCCUGUUCAGCAUCGCUACACCGAUUACUCAACUUCCCUGGGAGAAUUAACGCCCCAUGCAGACUGCCCGUUUCCUUGUCGGUCUGCGAUCAAUCACAAGAUUGCAUUAUGGACCGGCGACAUAUCGGUUCUACAAGUAGACGCUGUGGUAAAUCCUACGAGCGAAACUAUGGAUGACAAUAGUCUCACGUGCCAAAGAAUAUUUUCGCGUGCUGGACCAGCUCUUAAUCUCGAAAUCGAUAUCGAAAUUAAAGAAUGCAGAACCGGCGAAGUUAGGGUAACGCAGGGCCAUAAUUUACCUGCUCGUUACAUCAUUCAUACAGUUGGGCCCAUUUACAAUAUAAAGUAUCAAACUGCAGCUCAAAAUACGUUACAUUGUUGCUACAGAAACGUGCUCCAGAAAGCCAGGGAACUCGGACUUCGCAGUAUUGCUUUGCCUGUGAUUAAUUCUGUUCGUCGAAAUUAUCCACCUGAUGCUGGGGCCCAUAUAGCACUCCGAACGGUUCGGAGAUUUUUGGAGCAGUACAGCGACUCGAUCAGUUGCGUUGUUUUCGCUCUGGAGCCCUGUGAUCUCGGUAUAUACCAAGUUUUAUUGCCGCUGUAUUUUCCACGAACAAUGGAGGAGCAGGAAAACGCUUGUUGGCAAUUGCCAAGCGACGUCGGCGGUGCAGACGGGGAGCCGCUUUUGCCCGAUCGGCAAAUUAGAAUAAUCGACAAUCCGCAGCAUGCGUUACACGGAGACGAAACCGUUGAACUUUCAGGACAGUUGGAUACCGCGAUCAACGUCGGCGAGCACGCCUUCACUCAGAUGCAAGGCGAUUUGGAUCGGCAAAGACUUUUAGGAGAGAGACCUCUCAGCGAUCCUCUUGCAGACAUUAUGCUCAAACAAAUGCAGCAAAAAGAACGGUACGAGAGGUUAUUGAGAAGAGCAAAAACGGAAGAUCUGACGGAGGUUUCCGGGAUCGGUUGUCUGUAUCAGAGUGGUGUGGAUCGACAGGGUCGGCCGGUAGUCGUGUUCGUUGGAAAGUGGUUUCCGGCCACAAAAAUCAAUCUGGACAAGGCCUUACUCUACUUGAUACAAUUGCUGGAUCCGAUCGUCAAAGGUGAUUACGUAAUCGCUUAUUUCCACACCCAGACGACCAGCAAUAAUUAUCCUAGCCUUCAAUGGUUGCGCGAAGUUUACAACGUGCUUCCAUACAAAUAUAAGAAGCACCUCAAGCAUUUCUACAUUAUUCAUCCCACUUUUUGGACCAAGAUGAUGACGUGGUGGUUCACCACUUUUAUGGCACCUGCGAUCAAGCAAAAGUUUCACAAUCUACCGGGAGUCGAGUACCUUUACGAGAUCAUGUCGCCCGAACAACUGGAGAUUCCUGCUUACAUCACGGAGUACGAUAUGACGAUAAAUGGUACGAGGUAUUAUCAGCCUGAACAGAGUGUAGGUGAGCCGUUGACGUAACUAUCGAGAUUAAACGACGUAGAGCCGGGAUCGCUGGAAAAGCAAACCCGGAAUAUCCCGUGGAUCAUCGUCUCCAUUCUCCUGUCCUUGUUUCGUCUGCGCUCGCCGAUUCCCGGUGUCUUUGAAACAUCGAAAAACAACGAGCCUCCUCGAGUUUCAGCGGUUGAUAUAUCGUACGUACAGUACGAAAAUGAAAUGAAAUCAUCAUCGCCAAAAAGAAUGAAUAUCUCGCCAGAUUGUAGAUUCGACAGCAACGAUAAAUCCGUCGAUUGAAGGUCCAUCGGUUCGACACCAUCAAUGAUCCUCCAUCGUUGACUAUAGUCGAUUUCUUCACUGUUUCAUUUGUUAUUAACUUCAAAUGCGUAAGAACAAAUUCAAGCGCAGAUAUUUUUCGUCACUUUCGAACUUUCGAAUCGAAACGUGGUGUGAAGACGUUUUCUAAAAUUGCGACGUAGUUCUUGACAAUUCAGAAACUGACAUUAAACGAAAUCAAAUGCCGGUAAUUUUUGAUUCCAUGGAAACUUUUGAGAACAUUUUACGGGUAUCAAAACGAAAAUAUCUGAAAAAUGUGAGAUCAAUUGAUGUCAAGCGAAUCGACGCUCUUCACGAAGUAGCGAAAAGUAUUCUGCGCUCGAGAUCGGCCAAGCCGAAAAAAGGGAAGAAAAACAAUUGUAACACGAUUAGGAGAGCAAAAUGAGCUUGAGAGGACAACAGAGGACGGUUACAAAAACUUGUCACGCAUCGUGACGAGAAAAGUGGGAGGAUUUCAUAGUGGAUCACGUUGUUAAUCAACUAAUCACGUUUUUGAAGAUAAAAAGCCAGCACGAGAGGAAUCUUAUGAGAGAAUAUCGCGUGAUUGUAUCGCGCUUUUUCUACGCGACACAUUAACAAUGAAUAAACGACUGCCAUACAUCGGUGAUCAUGAACAAUAUUCGUGAUUCGCGUCAAAUAGGAAACAAAGCGAAAGAACAAACCAACAAAUUCAAAUAUAUUAACACAAAGAAGUAACGUUUGUGUGUGUGUAACUCCAUAUUCCAGUCCAAUUGGGAACUCUGACGCUUCGAGACUUCGAGUAUCAGGAAUUGGUCGGAUCACACUAAGGAGAAAGAAAAGAAAAAUUGAUAUAAAUUCCGAUUGGAUAUUUCGAAUUUCCAUGAGUGGUAGAGUGUGCUUAUUUCCCAGCGUUAUUAAAAACUCGUCAAAAUCGCACGUUUUCUAAACGUUGACAAGUAUCGUAAUCGUUUUUCUUGUUAUUUUUUAACGAUGAUUAGCGCAAGAAAAAUUGCUAACGGAGUACUGGGAGUAGAAGAGAUUCAAAUUUGAAUAUAUAAUAUAAAUAUAUACAUAGAUAUAUAUACAUAAAACCUAAAACCCCUGAAAUGUCCGGCAUAAAAGCGUUUGUGAGGUGCCGAUUGAUCCGUGUUACAGAGAGCCGUCUUUACGAUUACUGUACAUCGUCGAUAUUUUAAUAUUUGAAAUUUGCUAAGAUAGAAAGAGAGAGAGAGAGAAAGAGAGAUUUUGCUGGUCGCGUGAUUCUUAUAAAAAGAUCAAAAAACAUGAAGAAUCAAUUUGUUGAGAACAAAUUUAUAACAGUGGAUAUAAUUCAGUCUCGUAGUCAACUCGGAAAAAUCCGGAAGGACAGCUCCUAGAAAAAGUCAAGUGAAUUCGAUUUUUAUGUAAAAAAAAGACAUAUUUGAAAAACGCAACUGGUGGAAUGUGACCCCGUGUAGAUGAGGCAUCGUACGUUCUCGAGACUCUCGGAUAGACGAACCUCGUCGAAUUUGGAGCAUUGCAAUUUUGGCAAUGAGAGAGACUCCCCAAAGUUUAUUUAAAUUGUACAAUUUUUAUUCACCCAUCGACGAAUCUUGAAUUAUUUUUCUAUUAUUUUAUCAUCUUGACUUGCAGUUUUUCUCAAAUGCAUACAUUAAUCAUGAGUGUUGUAUUUUUUACUUAUUUUUCGCAUGCGAAUAAUAUCGGCUGCGACGUGUUCGGUCUAAUAAAUGUACAGUUCAUACAGCAAGCUAGUAAUCGACUUACAAAUACAUUGCCUACUUUUUAGGGUUUCUUACACUCUCAUACUUUUAUGUCCAUCCGUCUAUCAAUCUGUCCUACAAGAUUUAUGAGCUCUAAUCCUGGAGAUGGACACAAUGAAAAAUGAACAAAAAGAAAGCUUGAAACAGCAUUUCCUUAGUUUUUAAGAGCAGGAAAAUAAUAAUAACCCUAAAAACUCUGUCGCCCUCUUCCUCCUCAAUUUUUUAAAUGAUUUGAUGAAGAAUCGAAGAUAAUUCACCAAUAAGUUAUUUAUUUCGUUAAAGAACGUUUUCUAAUGGGGAAAGCAAAAGAUUUGUGAAUCAAUCGAGUAAAGUUCGUUUUGGAUAGAUCACGGGGACAAAAAGCCGUAACAUUAUCAUCUCAAAAUGCUAUGAAGCCGUUGAAUAUUUUUCGUAUGAAAAUAACUGAGCUAAAACAAUCUCUAACGUUGCCAAAGUUACAAAUGAUCGUUAGAAAUGAAGAUAGAAGAAAAUUAGUCGCGCUUAAGUCCAAAGCCAGCGACUAUCCGAGACGCUCGUUGGUUCGUAACCCAAAAUUAGGCUUUAAAAUUCGUAGGUUAGGUGAAGCAAUAAGAAAUGUGAAGAGUUUUGCGCCACCACUUAUUCUUAGAGGCUGCGCCGUUGUUGAACAUUUUUGAUCAAGCGAAUGAGGAGGAAAAAAAGAAGAAGAAAAAGAUGGAGGGAAAACUCGAGCGAUAGUGUGGCCAUAGUCGUCGGAGAUGUGCGAGUAAAUAAAUGAAUAAAUAUAUAUGUAUACACAAAUGUGCUUGAAAAUGCAUGAAUACAUAUAUAUUUAUAAAUAAGAGAAAAAGUAAUAGAAAAAGUAAAGAAACCUCAUGACGGUCCGACAAUCAAUCGCGGCGCUACUUACCGAUUAAUUCAUAAUUAUUAUAUUUUAUCAUUGCCGACGAGACCGAGAAAUUUGUGCCGAAUGAAAACGGCGUUUUCGCGCUUCGCGCCAAUGUCUAAUUACGCGAAAAGAAAUUCGUUGAGUAGAAAAUUGCGCUCCUGUCGAAGAAACAGACAAACAAAUAAUAAUAAAAUUAGUCGAUCGAUGUACUACGCGUACCUUUUUAGCACGCAUCUUUAAGGUCCCUCCCGCCCCCUUCGUGUCUUAGAGAAUCUUCGCGAUAAAGUAAGAUCGUCGAGAGAGAAAGAGUGAGAGAGAGAGAGAGCGCAGUGAAAAAUCGAUCGACUGUUUAAAACGAACAAACCAAAUUAUGGAACAAAGUAAAAGUCAAUAACAUCGUGAAUUUUCAGUCAGUCUCGUUUCCCGAGACACGCGUCGCGUAAGAUUGUAAUAUUUCAAAUAAUCAUCAUGAUCGUUGCAAACAUCGUAGUUAUUAUCACAUUUCGAUUAUUUAUCGAUGAGCGUCCUACGCUGACCUAAUUCUCCGGUUAUUAAAACCAAUUUAUUAUUAUCGCUGUAUUUAUUAUUUUAUAGAAGUAACAUUCGUCACGCCGCUUCACAUGCUCACAAACGAACCAACUAAACAUCCCGCAUCUUCAUGGUCUCAAAAUCUCACAUAUUCGCGUUUUAUUUAAUGAUAAUUUUAUUAUUCCUACUAUUAUCACAGUUAUUCUUACUGUGUUAUUUUAUAAAUCGCGAGUGGUAGAUCAUCCUCGAUUCGUCCCAUAUUUCUUCACAUUCAACAGCCCCAUUUAUAGACGUUAAAGCAUCGCGAACGUUCCCAUUUCUUUUUUUUCCUACGGCAAAGACAUUUUGACGUUAUUCGAUGGAAAAAGAAUUUAAAGAGAGAGAAUAGGAGAGCGAAUGUGUGGAAGAGUGACACAGAGUAUAAGAGAGAUAUUGUUAACUCUCUCAUAUUGUUGUUAUUCUAUUAUACAUAUUAGAUAGAGAGCGGUUAUUGAUUGAUAUGAUUAUUAAAGACACCAUUACCUUA